CUCACAGCAUCUCUGAGGUAUGAAUAGCAAUAAAAGCAUAAGAACAUUGACGUGAGGGAAGAUAUGGGGAGAAGGGCACAAGGACUGAUACAAGUCACAAGGAAGAUUGCACAGCAGAUUCAAACAGCAUCAUGAAAGGAGUUAAAAAACCCUCCAUAUUUUCUUGUAUAACCAAGCUGAAGGUGUUUCUGCUGGCAUUGGCUUUUGCCUACGUAGCCAAGACCAUGUCUGGGGCUUACGUGAACAGCAUGCUCACUCAGAUCGAGCGGCGGUUCAACAUCCCUGCCUCGCUGGUUGGAGUGAUCAAUGGAAGCUUUGAGAUGGGUAACUUGUUGGUGAUAGCGUUUGUGAGCUACCUGGGAGCCAAACUCCACAGACCACGCAUGAUCGCUAUUGGAUGCAUAGUUAUGGCUUUGGGGUGCUUUUUGAUAGGGCUGCCUCAUUUCUUGAUGGGAAGGUACCAGUAUGAAAACACCAUUUCCUUAGCUGAAAAUUCUUCAAGGAUGUCUGUUUGCCUUGCAAAUCAAAGCCAAGUUUCCACUCCUGCAGAGCAACCCUCAGACCAAUGUAAAAAACAGUCUGGAUCCUCAAUGUGGGUGUUUCUGCUGGUAGGAAACAUCAUCCGAGGAGUGGGUGAGACACCCAUAACUCCUUUGGGUAUUUCAUACGUGGAGGACUUUGCACAAACAGAAAAUUCUCCUUUCUACAUUGGCUGCCUGCAGAUAGCAACUGUCUUGGGUCCUUUGUUUGGUUUAAUGAUUGGUUCCUAUUGUGCCCAGCUGUAUGUGGAUGUUGGAUUCAUAGACCCAGAGGAUGUGAUGUUGAGCCUCACAGAUGCCCGUUGGGUUGGGGCUUGGUGGCUGGGGAUCUUGAUAUGCGCUGCUGUGAAUCUCCUGGUUGCCAUCCCGUUCUGCUUCCUGCCCAAGACUCUUCCAAAGGAAGGAGAGGAAAAUGCCGUCAGCCCAGCAGCCAAGAAACAAGAUAAGAAGUUGCUCCAAGCAGGAAGUGCAGGCCAUGCCAAAGUGAAAAUGCGUGAAAUCGCCAAAGAUUUUGUCCCCUACUUGAAAAGUCUCUUCCACAACCAGGUCUACAUGCUGUUCUUAUGCAUCACUGUGAUCCAGUUCAGUGCUUGGAUUGGGAUGAUUACAUUUAUGCCAAAAUACCUGGAGCAGCAGUAUGGGAUUUCAGCAUCAGAUGCUAUUUUUCUAAUAGGUGUGUACAAUUUGCCCAUUAUAUGUCUUGGAUAUCUUUUUGGAGGCCUCAUGAUGAAGAAGUUCAAGAUAAGCACCUACAAAGCUGCCCACAUAGGAUUCUGGAGUUCUCUAAUUGAGUAUCUCAUAUACUUCUCUGCUUUUUUCAUGAUUUGCAAGAAUGCUUCAGUUGCUGGCUUAACAGUCUCCUAUGAAGGGAGAGAUCAAAUCACCUAUGGGGAAGCAAACUUGUACUCUGAAUGCAACCGCGGUUGCAGCUGCUCAACCAAGCUGUGGGACCCAGUUUGUGGUGAUAACGGGAUUGCGUAUGUUUCAGCGUGUCUCGCUGGCUGUGAGCUCUCAAAUGGAACUGGGAAACACACGGUCCUUGGAAACUGCUCCUGCAUUUCAGGCCCAGAGUUCCCAUCUGGAAAUGGCUCUGCAGUCUUGGGCCACUGCAACCGAGAGGAGAAAUGUGACACGAUGCUGUUCUACUUCUUAAUUUUGUCUUUAGUCUGCUGUUUAAUUUAUUCCUUUGGAGCCAUCCCAGGGUACAUGGUCUUAAUAAGGUCCCUAAAGCCUGAGGAGAAGUCAUUUGGCGUGGGCCUCCAUGCCCUGACAGAAAGAGUUUUUGCUGGAAUCCCGUCACCUAUUUACUUUGGUGCUAUGAUCGACACGGCAUGUUUGAAGUGGGGCACGAAGAGCUGUGGUGGGGAAGGAGCAUGCCGGAUAUACGACUCUGACACCUACAGGUUGCUCUACCUUGGCUUACCGGCAGUGCUGCGGGGAGUGUCGUACAUCCCAUGUGUGUUUGUACUCCUCAUUUUACGGAAACAGAGCCAGAAUGUGACCAGUGAGAACAUAGAGCUGGAAGUCCAAGAAGAAGGAAAUGGACCCAUUGAGCCAAAGGACUUAUCAGAAGCUCAGACUUGUACAAAUCUGCAGCAUGAGAGAGUAGAGGCUCUCGAUGGUGUGAAUGUGGCCUUCACAAAAGACUGACCCAAGGGAAGGAGGUGUAGGCCAUUAGAACUCAUCUGUGUCACCUGUAGCAAUCUUUCCAGAAUAUCUAUACUUUGUAGUGCAGGGAGAAGUGGGUGAUGAACUCUGAUAUGUUGGUAAA